CGUCGACCUGUACACUCUCCUGUACUUGUAGGCAGUGCAGCAGCUGCAGCUGAACUUUGAAGGCCAACUGCGGUAGUUGUGAUCAUUAAUAUCUUUAUAUCGCUCCAUGUCACAAUCAAAGGAUCUUGGGACACUAGUCGUCGUCAUCAUCAAGGCUCGUCAUCUGCACCAACCUUCUUUCUACAAGCAGGACCCAUAUGCUCAAGCGGCCCUUUCUGGUCAGACACAGCGGACCAAGCCAGAACCAAAGGGCGGGCAGCAUCCUGUGUGGGAUGAAGAAUUCCGCUUUCCGGUUCUUGCCGAUCCUGGCAAGGACAAUGUGAACAGAAAGCUGGAGGUUUCUUGCUGGAAGGACGAAGCACGAGGUGAGGAUAAGCUCUUAGGCAAAGGGGUUGUCGAUAUCGAAUCAACUUUGAAAACGGGCGAAUUCGAUGACUGGGUUCCUCUCGAAACCUCGGGCGGAGCGAGAGGCGAAUUAUACAUUGAAAUGACAUUCUACGCCAACACCCCUCCUCCUCUUAAUCGUCGUACAACGAGAGUCAAACAAUCAGAUCGUCUUGCACGACCGCAGUCGUAUAAUCCUGUACCACCCAAGGGGGGAUCGCCAUCUGCCCUGAACCCCACUCCUGUGAAACUCCGUGACCCAGGCUAUGUCCCUCCGGGCACGCUGCCCGCAUCUUUACUUCCUGCGAGAGGUCAGCCCCAGGCCCAUUCACCAUCCUCUUCACCUCCUGGCCGACAAUUCAUGAACAGUAAGACUGACGUGCUACCCUCCCUUCCCGAAGAAGCUCCAGUUCCUCAGAGAAAGCCUGGUCAUUUGCCAACCAUUCUGCGCCCAGGGCUUGGUGGUCGUGCAGGUCGUCCUGUAACACCCACUACGAAUAAUGGAGGCACGAGCGACUCGCCCUCGCUCUAUACAACUCCGCCAACUCCAAUAUCAUUAUUACAAACCCCUGUCCAAGAACGCCCUUAUGAACUUUCUCCGGAACUUAAAGGAGUUCACACGCCUUUGGUUAUAACAGAUCAUCUUCUGGACGAGCAUUACCAACCCUCAUUUCCUAUUGCACAACCCCACACCCCAGAGCCUCAAUCUAAUCAUUACCUGUCGCCUAGCCAAGUUCCCCAACAAUAUUCUUCCUCGUCGCAAGGAUAUAUUCCCCCUCAACAAAUACUUCCUCCUCCUCUUCAACAAUAUGCUCCCUCGUCGCAAGGAUACGUUUCUCCUCAACACGCGUCAUCUCCGCCUCCUCAACCAUAUCAGCAAUCUUAUACGCCCCAUAAUUAUGCAUCGUCGCCCUCACCACAGCCACAGCAAUACUCACCAUCCUCCCCGCAGCCUUAUCAGUAUCAGCCUCAUCAGGUUCCACCUCCCACUCCGCAAUAUCAGCCGUCGUCAUCUCCUCAUCAAGCUCCGCCUCCCACAUCACAAUAUCAACCACCACAAUCCCCUCAUCAAGUCCCACCUCCCACAUCACAAUAUCAACCACCACCAUCCCCUCAUCCUAAAAGCUACUUAGCUCAACCAUACCCACCUCCACCUCCACCACCUCAGACAUACACUCCUGCACCACCUCAGCAGCAGCCACACCAACAACAAUCCUAUUUCCCUCCGCCACCCCCUGCGCAAUCACCAGUCCCUCCUCCCCAAGCACUAUAUUUUUCGCCGCCGCCUCCACCUCCGCCACUCCCUGGAAGCCCACAGGGGACGCCGGCAGUGGCACGAGGGGAGCAACAAUCUCCCCCUGUGCAAGGAUAUCAGAACGCCGCACCGACGGCAUUGCCAGCGCUUGGUGUGGGAGCCGCUCUAACUUCACCUUCGCAAAACCCCCCAGACCUGCCUCUUGCCCAUUCUGCCGUACCCACAGUCCCAGAAGACGAAAAGAAGCGUGAAGAAGAGGAACGUGUCAAGGCUGAGGAGGAACGCAUCAGGGAUGAAGAACGACGGAAGGUGGAGGAUGAACGGAGGACUGCUGAGGAGCCAGAUUCGCGGGUGCGCGAGGCAGAGGAAGCGCAGCGUCGAGCUGCCGAAGAAGAGAGGAAGCGACAGGAUGAAGAAGAACUGAGGAGGAAGGAAGCUGAGGAACAAAAACGACGCGAGGAGGAGCGAUUGAAAUGGGAGGCAGAGCAGAGGCAGAGAGAGGAGGACGAGCGACGGCGACGAGAGGAGGAAGAGAGAUUGAAACGAGAAGAGGAAGAACGUAGAAGAGUCGAGGAAGACCGGCGCAAGGCAGAACAAGCCAGACGCAAACAAGAAGAAGAGGAUCGGAUCAGGCGCGAGGAGGAAGUACGUCGGAGGGUCGAAGAGGAGCGAUUAAAACGCGAAGAAGAAUCACGUCGGAGGCUCGAAGAGGAGCGGAUCAGGCGAGAGGAGGAAGCGCGUCGUAAAAGGGAGGAGGAAGAGGCUCGCCGCAAAAGGGAGGAAGAAGAGGCCCGUCGCAAAAGAGAAGAGGAGGCUCGUCGAAAACGUGCAGAAGAUGAGGCUCGUCGAAAGCGUGCAGAAGAAGAAGAAGCUGAACGAAGGUGGCAAGUUGAGCUUGCUCGCAUCAAGGCGCGCGCUGAUCAGGAGGCUGCCGACGCUGCUUUCGCUCGUGCUCAAUUCGAGGCGGAAGAAGCCGAGCGUCGCAGGCAGGAAGAAGCAGAUCUUGCUUUCGCGCAGCGUGCACAGGAAGAGAGUGAGCGAGAGCAUAGGGCCGCUGAGGAACGGCGACAGCAAGAAGAACUAGACCGCGAGCUUGCCCGUCGUGAGCAGGCGCACGAGGAGCAGUUGGAACGUAGACGCGAGGAGGAGCGUAGGAGACGGGUGGAAGAGGCGGACAGAGAAAUGGCUAGGAAAUUGGAUAUGGAGCUGAACCUUGGGCCGGAGGAUGGUGAUGCUAGUGCUCGGAGGCCAUCUACGACCCCGGAGCUCCCUUCUCGCAGAAGAGCAGGUGGUUCUAAUGUCCCUGGAGGGUGGUAGGUGGAAUAUAAUAAUACAGACAUUUACGACACGAUACAUAAUGAUCAAGUUAGAUCAAACAGUAAAUUUUGCCAUGAUUGGAGUCCUUGCUAUGGCCUUCCAGGGUCUUAAAUCCUGAAGCCUUGAUCAACGUCAAUCUCGCGUUAAUUUCGCGAGUCUCCCUUUCUCAAGGGAGCCCAUUUCACAUAUUUCUAGUACCUUCAGGCCGUCUUGAAGCCCAAUAUUAUUGAAUUAGGCGCGCGCUACAUAGGGGCCUCAGUGCUCAAUAUUAUAUCAUUC